AUGAUAUCCAAUUAUUUUAAGAGACUGAAGAAAAGUCCAGCGAAAAAUGUUGAUGGAGACUCUACUGAUAUUGAGGUUAAUCAAACCCCAUUAGAAAAAGAAGCCCCACAACAGCGACAACACCACAAAGUAAAAGAAGCUCAACCUUCAAUCGGGUUGUUCAAUUUAGAUGAGCUUGAAACUGACCCAGGAUUAAGGAUACCAAUUAACGAGCUUUGUUGUACUGACAAACAAAAAGAGGAAGUUCGAAGAGCAUACUUGUUGAAAGUUGAUGAAUCUCGUGAUGUGGCAAUGAAAGAACAAAUGGCUAUUGUUUUUCACUAUGUGGACAAAAUAGGUUGUGUUAUUGAACAUUUUAUGGGGAUUGUGCAUGUUAAGAAUACUUCUGCAAAGUCUUUGAAAAUUGCAAUAGAUGCCUUUUUUGUAAAGUAUGGAUUGAGUUUGACAAGUUUACGGGGCCAAGGUUACGAUGAAGCAAGCAAUAUGAGGGACUGGCUCAAUCGAUCAACAAUGGUUAGAGCCGUGUUCUUCCUCUUGACCUUCUCUGUGAUUCUGGUCUCUAUAGACAGCGCAACCGUGGACAUCGGGAUGAAUUGGGGCAACAUCGCCUCCCACCCGUUAUCGCCGUCCAUCGUGGUGCAGAUGUUGAAGGAUAACGGUCUCAAAAGGGUGAAGCUCUUCGAUGCCGACGGCUACACAGUGAAAGCCCUAGCGAAUACUGGGAUUGAAGUCAUGCUUGCAAUUCCUAAUUUAGACCUUCAAGCAAUGGCCGAUGAUUAUCAAAAUGCAAAGGAUUGGGUGAAAGACAACGUCACUCAACAUCUCAAAACAAAUUCUGUCAAUAUCAAAUAUAUAGCUGUUGGAAAUGAACCCUUCUUGAAAUCAUACAACGGUACCUUCGUGAAACCCACACUGCCCGCCCUAAAAAAUGUUCAGAAAGCUUUAAACGAGGCUGGCUAUGGCAAAACCAUCAAAGCAUCAGUGCCUCUAAACGGCGACGUUUACGAAUCGACCUCGAACUUGCCCUCCGAUGGCGCUUUUCGUAAGGAUGUAAAGGAUAUCAUGCAGCAACUUGUGAAUUUUCUCAGUGAUAACGACGCCCCUUUCAUUGUCAACAUCUACCCUUUCCUUAGUCUCUACGAAAACCCCGAUUUCCCCACCGAGUUCGCUUUCUUCGGCAACGGUAAAACCGUCAACGACAAACAAAAUUCCUACACAAACGUCCUCGACGCAAACUACGACACCUUGCUUUGGGCUCUCAAGAAAGUCGGGGUACCGAACUUGAAGAUCAUCAUAGGGGAAAUCGGCUGGCCGACGGACGGAAACUCAUUUGCAACCAACAAAAACGCGCAGAAAUUUUAUGACGGUUUGUUCAAGAAGCUGGGGAGCGGCAAAGGCACCCCAAUGCGACCAGACACCAAAUUCGACAUUUAUCUUUUCGGCCUGCUCGACGAGGACGCGAAGAGCAUCGCGCCAGGGGACUUCGAAAGGCACUGGGGGAUUUUCCGUUUCGACGGGCAGCCAAAGUUUCCGAUAGACUUCACGGGGAAGGGGCAAAACAAGAUGCCAGUGGGGGCAAAGAAUGUGAAGUAUUUGGACCAACAGUGGUGCGUUUUCGAUAGAGGGGUGAGGGACAUGUCGCUGGUGCCUAAGCAAAUGGAGGAGGCGUGUAAGGAAGGCGACUGCACGAGCAUCGGCAAGGGCGGAUCGUGCAGCGGCAACGAUAAUCUAACGAAGGUGUCGCAGGCGUUCAACAUGUACUAUCAAAUCAAAAAUCAAAAAGAGGAGGCUUGUGAUUUCAAUGGAUUAGCGGUUGUCGUGAAGAAGAAUCCGAGCAACGGGACAUGUUUUUUCCCCAUUCAGAUCGAGAGCGGCGGCUUCAAGGUGGUCUUCGGAUCGUUUGCCACCGUUUUCGCCGGAGUUUUGUAUGCAUUCUUAACAUUAUUCUAA